AUGGCUGAACUACGAUGUAUUUUCCAGACUGAUACACUGCGGUCUACAGACCGGAGCUUCUCUUCCUCUACGGUGGUGAUUCCCAUAGAGCUAAAAGUACAGCCGUCGGAACCUCCCGAUCCACCAGACCCGUCGGAUCCUCCUCUCUGGGUUGUGGUUUAUCCUCCACCGGAUCUACUCGGCCCUCCACCACCAUCCUCUCCCAUCCUCCGUUGGUCGCAUCCAUAUGUUCAAAUCUUAGUCUUGCCGUUAGCCUUGGCUCCGGCAAAAUAUCAGAAGAUAAAGCUUCCUUUCAUCUCCUCCUCGGCAAAGAUCUGUUGUGCAGCCGAUGUUGGAACCAUUCUUACCUAG